AUGAACAAUAACGUGUGGUUCCAGAACAGGCGCGCUAAGUGGAAGAAGCGCAAGAAGACGACGAAUGUGUUCCGCACGCCGGGCGCUCUGCUGCCCUCCCACGGCCUGCCGCCAUUCGGCGCCAUGUCGGACGGGCUCUGUUCGCCAGGCAUGUUCACCGGGGACUCGCGCUGGGGCGUCUCCAGCAUGGCGCCAGGACUGGGGCAGCUGUCUCAAGGCGGUGUGUCCAUGGGCAGCUUCGGGCAGUCGAUAGGCCAGCUCAACCAGGGCUCACCACUCGCGUCGGGCCUCAACUCGGGGCUGCCCAUCGCGUCCAGCAUGGCGUCCAACGGCUCCACCGUCUACCAGGCCCACUACGGCCUCAACACGCUGGAUCCGGUCUUCUACGGGCACGAAGGCAAUGACGCCCUCAACUGA